CCUGGCUUAUACCGAUAACUCCAACAUCGAUACCACCGCGGCGUCAAAAAACGCGCCCGCUUGUGAAAUUCGCAGAAAAUAGAAAAUUACAAGCUAUAAUAACCUCAGGAUGAGCACCUGGAACCCGGAGAACGAUGUAGACCUGUUGUCCGGCUCCGAGGAUGAGGAAGAACUGGCCAUGAAGAGGGACUACCACGGGCGGGAAGCCAUUCUCUUCGUGGUGGACGCGAAUCUGCAGGCAGGCGGAGUUGAGCGCCUGAUGGAGGCACUGAACAUCAUCCGAACAGCCUUUAUAUCCGGGAUUCUGGUGAACGACAAGGACCUGAUUGGACUUAUCUUCGCCAACACGAAACACAGUCCCCCUCCGCUAGAAUCCAACGCCUUGGACAGCAUCGUGAUGCCGGAGAAUUGCGCAGUGUUCCUGCCCCUGCGACAGCUUACAAAGCCCAUUGUCGAGCAUUUCCUGGAGUUCAUGGGUGAGGUGGAGACGCAGUUCGCCGAUAAGUACGGCCUAGCUGAGCCCGAUGGCUGCGGAAGAUUCGAUCUCAUGAUCCGUCUUUGCAUCGAGCUCCUGGAGAAGUGCGGCAAGAAGCUGAAUAACGCAAAAAUCGCAUAUUUGACGGAUGUCAGUACGCCGCAUCCGUCGUCCAGCAAUCACUUCCAGGCUGCCCUGCAAAAGGCCAGCGACUUGGAGGGCAAGGAGUUCGAGUUCCAUGUUAUUCCCAUGGUAGAUGACUUCGACUACGAGCCGUUCUAUAAGGAGUUCAUCACACUCUCAAGAGCCAUCGAACUAGACGCCUUUCAAGUGCCAGAUGCCCAAAUGCUCCGCGAGAUCCUAGCCGAUCGCAAGCUGAAGCAGGACUUCCUGCGUCGCUGCCUAGGUCACUUCAGCUUCUACCUGGGCCCCGAUCUUUCCAUGUCCGUGCAGUACUACAACUAUUUUCAGCGACGAGCCUACCCGCGUAAAGUGCAGAUCCUGCGGAGGGACAACAGCGUAGUUCGCAGCAAGCGGGUGAUAACGGUGCAGAAGAAGGACGAGGAAUCGGAGGAAAUUCUCCACGAGUACCAAAUCAAAACGACGGGUGGAUGGUAUAGUUGCAACGUGGGCGGAAAGAACCUACGAAUCAGCAUGGAUCAGUUAAAUCAUGUGCGCAACCUACACAAGCCGCGAAUGAUGCUGCUGGGAUUUAAGCACCGCUCCUCCCUGCCGGAUGUGACCUACAGCAAGCCCUCGAACUUCAUGUAUCCAGAUGACCAGAGCAUCAUCGGGUCAAAGCGUCUAUUCCGGGCGUUGUGGGAGCGCUGUUUGGCGCGUGAGAAGAUUGCCAUUUGUCUGUUUAUGUGCAAGCGCAAGUCCAUUCCUCGCUACGUGGCUCUUGUGCCUGUGGAAGCCCCGGAUAAAGAAGAGGAGAAGGGCUACCGCUCGCUGCUCUGUGGUGAUGGAUUCAAGAUUGUCUACUUGCCGGAGUCAAAGCACAUUCGUCACAUUGACAUGUUUGACUGGAACGAAACGGCAAAUACGGCCAGCGACGAAGGCGUCGAGUUCUUCCAAAAGAUAAUUAAGAAGCUGCGUGUUGAUUACCAGCCCAAUUUGAUAAACGACCCGACACUGGACGCCCUACAGUCGAAUCUCCUAGCCCUUUCCCUAGAUUUUUCCACGGAUAGCAAAGGCAUCGAUAAUCUCCUGGACAGCACGCAACAGGAUAAGCGCAUCGAGAAGUUCUUGCCCAUUUAUGAAGAAAUUUUCGAUGCAGAGGUGGAGCCGGCCAAGAAGCGAGCGGCCAAAUCUGUAACGGCUGGUGCAAGCGCUCCAAAAAUGCCAAAAAUCGAUGAGGAACAGCUGAAGAGCUUAGAGUUUGUAAACGAUUUGAUCAAGGAUAAGCGUUUGAUAAGCUGCACGGCUACCCAACUGCAGUUGAUUUUGGAGCACCAUUUUGGCUGCAAAAUGGCCAAGUCCACAACCAAGGCGAAAAUGGUAGCGCAAAUUGAGGAACUGAGUGUUUGAUUUGGAAAUUGCUUACCACAGCAAAAAGUGAUAUGAAUUUAAAGUAUAUAUAUAUAUAUUAAAAAUAUAACUGGUAGUAUGUAA